UUCCGUUCACCCUGUCAACGACGUUCAAAAUAUCGGAAAAAGUCUCUCUCUCUCUCUCUCUCUCAUCGUAGAAUUGAGAGAGAGAAAGUAAUAUUAGGGUUUCAAUUUCAGUUUUCCAGUCGAAUCCCUGAGCUCUAUUUCCGAGGGCGUGGUUUCUUCUUCUUCUUCCGCAGAUCUUCAAUCGUGGCAUCAAUGCAAGUUCUCUUGUCGCUCUUCACUUUCUUCAUCCCUCGGUCUACCUCACCAAUUCUAAUUCGCAAUCACCCGAUUCUAAGGUCGGUCGCUCCCUUAAUUCCAACUUCGCAUUAGAACCCCUGUUGCGAAUACAAUACCAGCGCUCGAUGCUGUGAUUUUUGGCCCCAGGUGAAUUUUUGGUGGUGGUGGUGGUGGUGGUUUUUUAGAAGGAAUUGUACCUGGGCCUAGAGUUAGGGUUUUGUGGAUAUGAUUAAGCAGAUUUUGGGUAAGCUUCCGCGGAAGCCUUCAUCGAAAUCGGCGCACGGUGAUACGAACACUGAUGGAACUAUGAAUUCCUCCAACUUGAGCUCGAAAAGCAAUUCAACUUCUGGGAAAGGUUCAAACUUGGGUUCUGGUGCUACUCGAUCUAGUAAUGGGACAUAUGCUGCACAGCCAUUGGGUGCUCUUAAAUCGAAUCAAGGGAAGAAAUCUGGUCCCUUGGCUGCCCAAGUGGGUCCAGUGACAAGCUCUGGGACGUAUGAAGCCUUGCCAAGUUUUCGCGACGUGCCGAAUUCGGAGAAAGUUAGUCUUUUCCUUAGAAAGUUGAGAAUGUGUUCUGUUGUAUUUGAUUUCAGUGAUCCAUCCAAGAAUCUGAAAGAGAAGGAUAUAAAGCGGCAGACAUUGCUUGAGCUUGUUGACUAUAUGUCCUCUGCACCUUCCAAGUUCAAUGAGGUCACCAUGCAGGAAAUGACAAAAAUGGUAGCUUCCAACAUAUUCAGAACUUUGCCAUCUUCUAAUCAUGAAAACAAGUUGCCUGAUAUUUAUGACGCGGAAGAGGAGGAACCGGCAAUGGAUCCAUCAUGGCCUCAUCUCCAGAUUGUGUACGAAUUUCUACUUAGAUUUGUGGCUUCCUCGGAGACAGAUGCCAAACUUGCCAAAAGAUACAUAGACCACUCAUUUGUACUGAGAUUGCUAGACUUGUUUGACUCCGAGGAUCAAAGGGAGAGGGAGUACUUGAAGACAAUCCUUCACCGCAUUUAUGGGAAGUUUAUGGUGCAUCGACCAUUCAUUAGGAAAGCCAUCAACAAUAUCUUCUAUCAUUUUAUCUUUGAGACAGAGAGGCACAAUGGGAUAGCGGAAUUACUUGAGAUCUUGGGCAGUAUAAUUAAUGGGUUUGCCCUGCCUUUAAAGGAAGAGCACAAACUUUUCCUUGUCCGUGCUUUGAUUCCACUUCACAAGCCCAAGUGUGUUGCCAUGUACCACCAGCAGCUCUCAUAUUGCAUCACGCAGUUUGUGGAAAAAGACUUCAAGCUAUCUGACACAGUAAUUCGGGGUCUAUUGAAGUAUUGGCCUAUUACUAAUAGUUCAAAGGAGGUGAUGUUCCUUGGUGAGCUAGAGGAAGUUCUAGAAGCCACCCAGGCUGCAGAAUUUCAGCGCUGCAUGGUUCCUCUUUUCCGUCAAAUUGGACGAUGCCUCAAUAGCUCACAUUUCCAGGUGGCUGAGCGGGCGCUGUUUCUCUGGAACAAUGAUCACAUUAGGAAUCUGAUCACGCAGAAUCGUAAAGUGAUAUUACCCAUAAUUUUCCCAGCAUUAGAAAGAAAUAUGCGAAGUCAUUGGAACCAAGCUGUGCAAAGUCUAACACUAAAUGUGAGGAAGAUAUUUUCAGAUGCUGAUCAAGCCCUUUUUGAUGAAUGCCUGUUUAAAUUUCAAGAAGAUGAAGCUAAGGAGAAGGUGGCUCUAGAGAAGCGGGAAUUAACCUGGAAGCGCUUGGAAGACCUGGCUGCUUCAAAGGCUGUAAGCAAUGAGGCUGUGCUCGUCUCUAAAUUCAACUCUUCUGUUGUCAUUGCUAGCAGCACAAGUCCCCGUACUACUGUGGGUAGUUGAGACCUGCCAGAAAUGCAAAUUCCAGCUAUUCCUCUUGGUGCCUAUCCGCAAAACCAUGGCCAUAGUUUAGGGAUCAACCAAUACCCCAAAUGAAGUUUAGGGAUUGGUACGCCACUUCUCUACUGUUUAUUAACUAUAAGAUUGCAAGUUAAUUGUGAAGUUAGGACUCUGUGCAUAUCGAGGUGGGUUCAUUUACCAUUUUCCUCUUGGGGUUUCUGGUUUAUUCCUGUUUCUCUUGUUUAGCCAUGGAGGUGCAAGUGUGUGUAUCAUAUAAGGAAUCUGUUUUAUAGAGUUAGCAUUUUGCCGGA